CUGGCUGUUAUAUGCACUAUCAGUAUGUAACUAAAUUGCUUAGGGAGUUUGACCCCUGACGGGACUAAACAUAGUGGUCUUGUUGGGCCAGUGAUAUAAUUCGGACCCUACGUCGGUUCGAGAACACAACCAAUACCACGCGUCGGUAUCGCAGCCCAGGAGUCCUCGAGAUCGGAUUAAGUUUAUUAUGGAAUUGGGAGCCAAAAUGUGAUAGGCUGUACGUGCAUGCAUUAGCCCACGUAAGCCAACAGGUCCUUCUCUUCCAAUCCUUCCCAACAUCCUCUCCAGUGCUCCACCAACGUCUAUUUAGUGUGCCUUCCUAACUCUUGCGUUUUCUUUCCUACAACCACACUAUCAACAUGGCCAUUAACGCUUUGAGUAUAGCUAUCUCCCUGCUGGUGAUUUAUCCCAUAAGCCGCAUUGUUUACAAUGUGUUUUUCAGUCCAUUGAGCCAUUUACCCGGGCCAAUUAGCUGGUCUGCCACUCGUUUGCCGUUUACCAGGGCACUACUUCGGGGCACGAUUGUCCAUGACUUCGAAAGAUUGCAUCGCAAGUACGGCCCAGUUGUUCGCACCGCCCCUGACGAGGUCAGCUUUGCCAGCGGUGACGCUUGGGCCGACAUCUACGCGAGUCGGCCUGACGAUCGGCAAUUUCUCAAAGAUCCCCUCUGGUGGCGCAGGCAGCCUGGCCAGCCUGAUACUCUGUUGAGUGCAAUCCAUCCGGCGAAACAUUCCCGCAUGCGUAAACUACUCGCUCCGGCCUUCACCCCGCGUGCCUUGAGGGUGCAGGAGGCUGUGCUACAAAGAUAUGCCUCACUUCUUGUUGACCGUAUCAAAGACCAAGUCUCAGUCGCUGGCACAGACGGGGCAGUGAUUGACAUGGGCCCCUGGUUCAAUUUCACAACAUUUGACAUUUUUGGCGACCUCGGCUUUGGCGAGUCAUUCCAUUGUCUGCAGCACUCACAGUACCACCCCUGGAUUGCACUAUUAUUUGGUAGUGUUAAGGCGGCAUCAUUCAUUGCGGCAGCGCGGUAUUACCCCCCGUUGGAAACGCUACUGAUGAAAUGCAUCCCCCGCUCGCUGCAUGAAAAGAGUCAACGCCAUUACCGGCAAAUCAUCGACAAGAUCGACCGACGGCUCAGCUGGGAGCUUCAGCGACCGGACAUCAUGUCUCACCUAAUGGAUGAGAAUGGCCAAGUGGCAUUACCACGGGGAGAGCUCAAUACGACCUUUAUGAUUUUGACUACAACGGGCAGUGAAACGACUGCCACUGUGUUGACGGGCAUUCUGACCUAUCUAGUGAAUCAACCAGAAGUUUUGGGGCGCCUCAUCGGGGAGAUCCGUGGAAGGUUCGGAUCUAGUCAAGACAUCAGCCUGUCAGUAGCGGCGGAUCUGCCGUACCUCACUGCAGUGAUUCAGGAGGGUCUCCGACUGUGUCCACCUGUGCCGUGGAUGCUUCCCCGCCAGGUGCCACCGGGAGGAAGCACGGUGUGUGGGACUUGGUUACCGGGCGGAACCGCGGUUUCCCUGCAGGCUUACACUCUCAAUCGCGACCCCUCUCGGUUCCAUGCAGCCUCCUCCUUUUUACCCGAGCGAUGGCUCCCGGAUGCUUCGAGUAAUCCCAACUCCAACUUUUACCAGGACGACCGUCACGCCGUGCAGCCGUUCAGCAUGGGACCGCGGUCUUGUCUAGGUCAGCACCUGGCAUGGGCGGAGAUGAGGUUGAUCCUUACCAAGUUACUGGUCAAUUUUGACUUCGAGGCGGUAGAGGGGAAACAGUUGCGAUGGGAAGAAUUGCGGACCUUCUUGUUGGUGGAGAAGCGCCCCUUGGAGGUGCGAGUGCGGCUGGCCCCGGUCAAUUGACCCCGUCUUGGUGGGGCUGAAUCCUUCUGAGCUUGGUCGAGCUUGUUUCUACGCAGCUAAUAUAGAG